CCUCUGCCUUGGGGGGGUCUCUCCCCUAACACGGCUCCUGUCUCCGCAGGCGACCCUGCGCCCGAUGCACCCCCAGGCCCUGCACCCCAACCAGACCCUGCUGCCCAGCCCCCAACUUCCCGUCCAGAUCCAGCCGGCCAGCAAGUCUGGCCUGGCCUCGCCCGGGAGCUUCCCACACGGUUCCACCCCCCAGCAGCCCCACACGUCGGGUUUCCCCACCAGCGGCCAGCCAGCCUCGCGUCACCCCUUCAUCCAGCACGCCCAGGGCCAGCGCUUCUACCACAAGUGAGCCCCCGCCCGCCCCGUGGGGCGCCCAGCUCUGGGGAGAGGCCCGUGCCUCCCCCCCCAAUAAAUGGGGAGCUCCCAGUUGCA